AGAAGAAAGCCGAAUUUAGUAUUGGGUACGCUCUGAUCGAUUAAAAUUGUGAAAAUAUGUGUGUUUAUUCAUAUGUCUGAUGUAAGCGAAAUAAAAUAUUUAUUUUGGUAUUGUAGCCUUUCAACAUCGCCAUGUUUGUGAGGGCAAAGGACGGCGCUUCCUAAAGAUAUUCUAUUCCAGAUGGACAGGACAUGGCAGGUCCUGUUAUAGGCACUGUCGACCCGCCCACAAAUACGAAAAGCUUUUUCUCAGGUCCUGCAACGAGGAAGCGGGGGAAUAGAGUGCAACUAAGGACUGUUAAAGGAUGGAACUGAACAUGUUGGGACUCCUCCUGUUGUUGGUGCCAGCUAUCUUUUUUGACCCUGUUAAUGGCUAUAAAAACGGAAAAGUAACAGAAUCCUGCAGGAGCAUGAAACCAGGGCAUGGACAUCCCUCUCAGCCAUUCCCCAGUCCUUACACAGUCACUGUGGAUAAGAGCAAAUUCAGCACAGGAGAUCAGAUAAAAGUUACCCUGUCUGGAUCGUCUACUUUUAAAGGGUUUCUGAUACAAGCGCGGGACACAGCAGAUCUGAGUGGAGAUGCAAUUGGCUCUUUCACUCUGGUUGAUCAUUCUGUAUCUCAGCUUUUAAAUUGUGGAGAAAUAAAGGGCUCAGCUGUCAGUCACACAAGCAAGUCAGGCAAAUUGAAGGUUGAAGUGGUCUGGAACGUACCUUCAAAUGCACCACCCGCUGUUCAGUUUUUUGCUACAGUUCUUCAGCACUAUGACACUUACUGGGUGAAAAUGCCUGGUCCGAUCAUUUCAAUGGGUAAUUCAACUCCCAUUCCAACUCAGGCCAUAACAACUGUGGAGCCGACGACAGAGUCACCUGCUCUAAGGAAACCAUUCAGCUCGAAGGACUGUGGCAGCACAAAGUCCUGCCUGCGAGAUCCAAUUGGCUGUGAUCCUGAGACAGACCCAAAGUGUUACUUUCUUUCAUUUACAAGCGAUGAGCAUUCAGUGCUGUUUGAGCUGAGUGGCCCCACAGAGGGGUAUGUUUCAUUUGCCCUGUCCCAUGAUAAAUGGAUGGGUAAUGAUGAUGUCUAUUUAUGUGUGAGGACAGAUGAUUAUGUGAAUAUAAAUCCAGCUUAUGUAACGGGCCGAACCCAUCCCACCCUGGACUCGCAGGAUACACUGACGAAUAUGGCUUGGAGAUUGUCUGAUGGUGUUAUUCAGUGUAUGUUUCGAAGGGAAAUUCGCGUCCCAGCAGACCAAGACAGGUUUAAUCUGGACAAAAGUUACUACAUAUUCCUAGCGGAUGGGAAAGCUGAACAUGGUAUGGUUCACAAGCAUCACCGCCAACCACUAAUUUCUUCUGAAAAGAAAUAUAUUACCAGCUCUACAGAGAACUUAAAUGGCUCUCGCUCUCCAUUCAUUAUUAAAGUCCACGGCGCUUUAAUGCUGGUUGCAUGGAUGACUACUGUUAGCAUUGGUGUGAUUGUGGCUCGUUUCUUAAAACCCCUCUGGCCAGAAUCAACACUGUUUGGGCAGAAGAUCUGGUUUCAGGUGCAUCGUACAUUAAUGUCUUCCACAGUGCUGCUCACAUGUAUUGCAUUUAUCCUGCCAUUUGUUUACAGAGGAGGCUGGAGCAAACAUGCAGGGGCCCAUCCUUUCCUUGGAUGCACUGUGAUGGCUCUAGCGGUUCUUCAGCUUGUCAUGGCCAUUUUCAGGCCCCACCCCAAUACCCCAAGGAGACUGAUAUUUAACUGGACACACUGGGGUACUGGAACGAUUUCCAGAAUAAUCGCUGUUGCAGCAGUGUUCUUGGGGAUGGAUCUGCCGGCUCUAGACCUUCCUGAUCCCUGGGAUACUAUCCUUCUGUCUGGGUUUGUAACCUGGCACAUAUUAACAGAACUCCUCCUAGAGUUACACAAUCUUUUCAUAAUUCGAAAAGCUAAGAAUGUGAAAGACGAUGAAGUGGAAAUUAUAGAUUCGGCAUUAGGCGAGACUGAGGGGCAUAUGAUUAAGAAGAUUGUUUUAACUGUCUACAUCUGUGGAAACGCAGCAUUUCUGAGUGCAUUCCUAGCUGCAAUCAAUUACAUCUAAAAUACAAUCUUGGGCUCAAGACAGAAACGUUUUCAAAAUGUGAACUUUCCUGCGUGAAGAAUCAGACCCGUCCUGGAACCAGAUGUACUUUUUGAAGUCCUAAGUAAUGAAAUAAUUUUCUUUUCCUUAAGCAAAUGUAAAUAGACUACAGAACAAGGUGAAGCGUAAUUUGAAUGGUCUGUUUUUUUUUUUGUAUGGAAAUGUUUCUCUCAGAAAUCCUGACAAGUGCUUUGUGGUGCUAUGUUGUAUUGUAUCUACAAUAGGACUAUAUGAAUUAUUUUAAGUCAUUUGGCAAUAUUCCAUCUGAUGGGGGGG